AUGCGUAACAAGUUUGUAACAGAUUUAAAUAAACUUGAAGAUGGACUGAUAUAUGCUAAAUUAGUUUAUGAUAAAAUUUGGAGAGAGUCUGAAGAAAAUAUUGCAAAUUCAACUAUCAUAUUAUCAAUAAUUUGGGCUUUGUUAAAAAAUCUUCCUAUUAGUGAUUCCUUUUUCAUCAGUACAUUGGAAAAACAAAGUAUUGCCAGUGCUAAUAAAAAAGGAGAUGGAUUUAUGAGGAGAUAUCCAGAUAUCAUGUUUGUAACAAAAUAUUGGGAAACAAUUUUUGAACUUAUGUUUCUACUUAAUUUGUACUGUUCAAAAAAGAUCAAUGAUAAUGUUAAAUUAUGGAGAGAAUAUAAUGAUGAACUUUUUUGGAUGCAUUAG